ACAGAUGAACAACACUUUAAAAAACGAGAUGUAUAGAACAAUUGUCAAUGUUUAACUAUUAUUCUCUUCACGUUUAAAAGUAUUUGAAAUACUAAAUCCCAAUUAUUCUUAUAAUGGAAUAGCAUUUUAUAAUAAAAGAUAAAAGUAUAAAUAUCCUUUUUGUUUAAAAAUUUAAUAAUUUUAUUGAUUAUUCACAGUAAAGAAAUUAAUUUUCUAACUAUAGCACGUUUUAACUUUUCUAAAAAAGUAAUAGGUUUUGCAGAAUAAGUCAUUAUUUUUUAGCUUUUGAUCUCACGAAUUCGUGGUGCGCAGUAUCAUCCUUCGACAUUAAUAUAUAAACGAUGUGAAAUUCGAAUCCUACUCGCAGUUGUGAUCGAAACACCCGCGAGUUGUUCAAAGUAUCUAACAAUGUCUAAUGAUUCUUUGACAUUAGAAGAAAAAAAUCAUGCUGGCUAUUUAGCAGUCACAGUUAUACUCAGUUUUAUUGGAUUAUUUGGAGUUGUUUUUAAUUUAACUGUUAUUGUUGUCAUUUCUGUGGAUUCUAAAAUGCGUCGAACACCGAUUAAUGUUAUUUUAGUUAAUCUUGCGAUUGGGGACUUUUUAGUAGCACUUUUGGGUGAUCCACUUGCUUUAAUAUCAGCUUAUCACGGAGGAUGGUAUUGGAAUCAUGAAGCUUGUGUUUGGUAUGCAUGGCUCAUGUGCACCUUAGGACUUGUAAGCAUUGGACAUUUAACAGUCAUGGCAAUUGAACGAUGGUUCUUGGUAGUAAAGCCAAUGUACACACUAACUUUUAAAUCUACGAUGAUACUAGUAUGUUGUAUAUGGGUCUAUGCUCUGUCUUUAAGUCUACCACCUCUAAUUGGUUGGGGUAGUUAUGGUCCCGAAGCUGCUAAUGUAUCAUGCAGUGUCCGAUGGGAAGUUCGCGAUACUAAUCAUACAGAUACCUACAUUGCAUUUUUAUUCUUUUUCGGAUUAAUUAUGCCAGUUAUUAUCAUAACGUCUGCUUAUGCUGACAUCAUUUGCACUCUGAAGAAAGUCAAAAAACGAAUAGGGACCAGCAGAAGACGAGAAAGAAGAGUAACCAUCAUGGUAGCAUUAAUGAUUAUUGCAUUUUUAAUUGCUUGGACACCUUAUGCUAUAUUUGCUAUCGCAGUGCAAUAUUUUUAUUAUCAUCCAACUGGUUUAAUUACCAUCAUUCCUAGUCUCCUAGCUAAAACUUCAAUUUGUUACAAUCCUAUUAUUUAUGCUGGAUUGAAUACACAGUUUCCUCGUUCAUUAAAAAAAAUUCUCGGAGUCAAAGAUUCGACUUUUUCGACAACAACCAAAUGUCCAGAUACCAAUGCUGUAGCACUCAGAUCAAUUAAUACAGAUGAUAAAGAGUAAUAAAUACUUUAAAACUUGUA